AUGAAAAACCAGGAAAAACACCCGUGUCAACACCCAGGCUGUACCAAGAGCUUCACGCGCGCAGAGCACCUGCGUCGCCAUGCGCUCAACCACGAGCAGGCGCGCAAUGGGUAUACCUGCGAGCGUUGCUCUGUUCAUUUCCAACGCUCAGAUCUGCUAGCGCGACAUGUGGAGCGACACCAGAAACGGGAUCUUGAAGCUGGAGGGCCCGGGCAGGGAACGUUGAAGACGCGAAAGAGGACUCGCAGGGCAGAGGAUGGUUCUAUUAUCGUGCGGCCUUCGCAGCGACAAAUAAGGGCCGCAGCUGCAACUAGAUCACCCAUCUCGGCGAAUAGUUCCAGCCAAGAGCCAGAAAUGCGAGAUGAAGAAUGUUUUCCUAAUAAUGUCCCAUUGUCACCACCUGGCUCGGGGACUGACCCAAUGUCAAUGUCGAUGGAUGAUACAGAUCCGUUCUUGGCUUCGUUAGUGCCAGCUAGUACCUUUGAACAGUAUGUUGAGCCAAUGCCUGGACAGUUCGAUGCAGCGGAUGGGUCUUUUGGUGUGCAGUUGGAUGGGAUAGGGGAUUAUUUUGGAAUGGACACUGCAACCGACUUCAAUCUCCCAUUCGCAGCGACUUGCAACUACAAUUGGCUAUUCGACGUCUCCUCCCUCGAUGAUGCUUUUCAUCAGUUCAAUCUCCCUAUUGGAUUUGACACAGCGCCCAUUUCGGAACAGUUCGAUUCCAAUCCGGUGGAAAUAAGCGAGAAAUACGAUGGUCCAUCUGCCCUGCUAAUGGCAUCGAUUAUGGAAAGAGGCGAAACAUUCGGAGAAACUACCUCACCUGCCCUACCCAGUCUCCCAGAUCUGGAUUGGAUGUCUGGUGCGGCAACCCUGGACCCGAAUCUUCCAAAGAAUCUACCCAGGAUAUCUGAAGAAGCGCGAAAGGGGAUCCUAGCACUGGUGGCACAUGCACACCCGACAGGAAUUGAUGGACACCCUAUGGUACUUGAAUCGCCACUGCUGACGCUACCUGCGCUCCAGUCAUACUGCGAUAUGUUCUUCGAUCGCUUCAACACAACAUACCCUCUUAUUCACCAGUAUACAUUUGACCCUAGCACUGCGCCCCCUGUAUUCCUCGCCUCAAUUAUCUUCAUGGGCGCGACAUACAGCACACGCGAGGCCCACCAGUUGGCAGUGGAGGUCCACGACGUCCUGCGAAGCCAGCUACUCUGUCACCCUGAUUUCUCACCGCAAGCGGAUCUGUGGGUCUUGCAGACCAUGCUUCUGAUAGACUGUUUUGGCAAGAUGCGAGCCGGCCCAAAGCAACGUGAGCGUGCACAGCUGUUUCACUGCGUUUUGAUCAAAAUGAUCAGACGGAGCAACUGCUGUGGCAUACGUGACUUGUCUAAUAUCGAUCAAUCAGGCGAUUUGGACCAACUAUGGCGCCAGGCUAUGGAGGAAGAACAGCGCAAGAGGGUGGCCAUACAUUGCUUUAUGUGGGAUACGCAGCACGCAGUGCUAUUUUCACAGUCGCUUUGUAUGUCUGCCUUUGAGAUCAGAUCUUCAUUACCGUGUGGAUCUGCAGCAUGGGGUGCCUCUUCUGCCCGGGAGUGGUCACAGCACGCUUUCCGUGAAGAGAACCGGCCAUUCCUCACUGUUCUGAAAGGGUACAUUACACCGGCUGCUGUUGCCAGACCUCGGGAUCUGAAUGUCUUUGCCCGAAUCGUCGUGCUGCAUGGCUUAAUGUCUGUCUCUGCGGAUCUGAAACGUCGCGAUCAAACAACUCUACGGUCGGAGACCCCCGAGCGUGUGGGAGCUUGGACACCACGCAUGGGUCGGUCCUAUGACCUAUGGAAGGUCGACUUUGAUGCCGACUGCCUUGCUAUUAAACUCGCUCAGACUGCCAGUCCUCGGCAAUUUACCGGGCUCAAGAUCUCCGGAUAUGCUCUUUACCACGCAGCGUACCUUGCUUUGAAUGUCGAAGUCCUCGAUUUGCAAAUUGUUGCUGGCGCAUGUCAAAUCCUGGGGCGUACAGUGACUGAGGCAGAUCAGGCGCGGUCGCUGCGGAAUAUUACCAGAUGGCUACAGGAGGAAUCCGGACCAUCGUGCACGACUGCACGACAAGCGGCGUCUUUACUUCAAGACGCGGUGUUGAGUCUUCAUGACUGGGACCAGGCUGAUUCCUUCCACUUCCCUUGGUGUUUGUAUCUUUGCACCCUCGCCUGCUGGGUUUUCCACCGCGGACCCAAUCUCACCUCUGACGAGAGCCGGAUCAAUACCGAUCUGUCUUCGUUGAUUGUGAUGCUAACUAAUUGUCCCAGCUUACCGGAGCUAGCGGUUCUAUCUGGCAAAUAUUGUCCUCGCCCUCUGGCAGCAGCUAUGGCUAAACAACUAGCGACUGUCCGAUGGGCAGUUGUUCAUGAUGCUAUGAAAGUUCUGAUGAGAUUGUCAUGA